AUGGAACGUUACAUGGAAGAUGCGUUGCAGCAGGCACGCAUUGCAAACGACCUCAAAGAGGUUCCCGUGGGCUGUGUGUUUGUACGUGGUGGUGACACCACCAACGGCGAAAUAAUUGCGCGCGGAUGCAAUCUGGUGAACGAAACGAAAAAUGCGACACGCCAUGUAGAAUUUAUCUGUAUCGAUCAGGCACUCGAAUAUGCGCGCCAGAACAAUAUUAGCCCACCUGAGACAAUCUUUAGCACGGUGACAGUGGUCGUAACGGUCGAACCGUGUAUCAUGUGUGCCGCGGCACUGAUUGAGCUGGGUGUAAAAGCAAUCAUCUACGGUUGUCGGAACGAUCGUUUUGGCGGAUGUACUGUGCUCGAUGUGGCUGGGUUGCUCGGCUCCACCAUUCCUAUCCGAGGUGGUGUGCGAGAUGCAGAAGCGAUGGAGUUGCUGAAGGAAUUUUACAAAGGGGAAAACCCAUCCGCACCGACGCCAAAGCCGCGACAGCCUAAGGAAAUG